AUGAUCAAUGCAAAUCAACACCGCACUUGCACAACUGUCAAUACCCUUCAAGAUGGGCCAAUCAACCCUGUGAUUGAUCAAAAAAACAGUGCAGGAGAAUUGGACUCAGAAUCAAAUGAUUUCCGAGAUGAAUCAGUCUCAUCUCCUGCUUCAGAUUUGGAGGAACUGAAGGAAGUCCAAAUAAAUCCAAUUCAAAACAUCAAGGCCCCAGCAUUGAUGGUGGAUGCCUCAGCUACACAAGGACUCCCUGCAAAAUGA